AGGCCAAACUCCAAGCACUGACUUCAAAUCACCGGUGAUCGAUUGGCCCCGACCUCCUCAACUCUCCCUCCUGCACCAUGAACCCUGCGACCGCCUCCGCCCCCCAGCAGGGGGAGCUAGCGACCCCUGCAUCGGGCACUGACCCGCUGGAAGCGGAGUGUCCCGUCUGCUACCAGGAGUACAACCGGUACACCAAAUGCCCCCGGAUGCUGGAGUGUCUCCACGUCUUCUGCGGCGAGUGCCUCCAGAGGAUCCAGCUGUGUCCGUGUGACGCCCACGGCCUGCCCGCCAUCCCCUGCCCCCUCUGCCGCCACCUCACCCCCCUCCUGAGCGGCGACACCCUCUGCCUGCCCCCCAACCUGCGGAUACUGGCCCGGCUGCCCCCCGCCGCCUACAGCCUGCCCUCAUCCCUGCAGGCGGCGCCCCGGCUGCACGCCUCGGUCACCCAGCGCGUGGUGCUCUCCAUGGAGACGGCGGGCGGCAUCAUGAAUCACCACCAUCGCUUCAUCAUCCUGCCCACCGUCAGCCUCCAGGUGCAGCAGAUGCACGCCGGACUCGGGGGCGCGCUAGGGGCCCAGGGCCUCAGGGCCGAGGAGGUGGGGGUGCAGGUCAGGCAGCAGCACAAGAGGAAGCUGGUGUGUGUGCAGGUGCUGGCCGUGGCCUUCUGGGUCAUGUUCGUGAUCACGUGUGUUGUGGGUGUGGUAUUUGGGCCGCAUUUGUUCCACAAAUGAGCAGGCGUUCUUUAGGGUGAGAGACUAGGAAGGUUGGAACACUUUCGUUUUUUUUACCCAUAAUACCUCCAUAUUAUGUGUACCUGGUGAGAAAUGGAUUCUUUGUAAACUAGCAUCAAACUUUUUAGAUCCCAGCGCUUUUUAUUUGUGUGAUUUCUAGCUUUAUUAACUUUGGAACUUGUACGUUUGUAACUAUUUGUUCUUUUGAUUAUGCUUACUUGGCUGUUUGGAUCAUGGAUAGAGAAUAUGUUUAGACUGACUCAAUACAUAGAGGUGGCAACACAGGUAAGUUCCUUUACAUGAAAAUGAUUAGUCAAAAUCAAUGUCAAUUCUUAUUCUGAAAGAUAACACUGAGUUAACGUCUAGUUUUUUUGAUUACUUGAGUGUAAAUAUAUCCACCAUAUAAAAAUAUUUAUGUAUGAAUAUUUAGUCUUGAUGAAUC